UCAAAUUCCCCACAUGAGUGAGGAGCACGUUAGGCCUAUGGUCGGUUGAUAGAUACAGGGCGGCUGCUUUACAAUUCCCUUCUCCAACGAAGUUUCUCUCUGGCCCAGAAAAUUUGACAAGACAAACCACAAUAGACAUUUGUUGAUUCCAGGAAAUCAAAUUGCACAUUACCAGUCAAGUUGAAUUGUUGCCCUCGCUGCAAAUUCCAAGUCAAGUCACGCAUUCAUCGUCCCUUCCUUUCUUUACCCAAUUGCUUAUAUUAACUUUCUCAUGUGGUCUAGUUCAAUGGCUUUUUAUUUUCUCUCCUUUCCCACAAGGAGCUUCUCAGUUGCAGGGAAAUUAAAGCCUGGAAUCCUCUAAAACAGCUGGCUUUGUCUUGCUGAGUGAUAAAAUAAUGGCCUAUUCAUCUGACAUUACGGCCUUUAAAAUUGACAACCCAACACAUUUCUCUCAAGCAAUCCUAAGCAGCGACAAGAAGAAGAAGAGUGAGGAGAUUUCUCAAGGAGCUGCUAGAUAUGCGUUUAUGACCCGAUCCAAAGUAGACAUUUUGGAUGAUGGGUACAAGUGGCGAAAGUAUGGGAAGAAGGUCGUAAAUAGCAACCCUAAUCCCAGGAAUUAUUACAAAUGCUCCAAUAGCGAUUGUAAAGUUAAGAAAAGAGUAGAAAGAGAUGCGCAUGAUAAGGGAAUAGUGAUCACCACGUACGAGGGAAAACACAAUCACGAGAGUUCAGUCAUUUAUUACAUUGGAAAUCCACCACCAACUGUGAUGUUCUUUGUGGGUUUUAUGUCAACUGUCCCAUGGCAUUACUUCUGGAGGUCACAUGAGGGGCAGACAGCAGCCAGUUUAGCAAAUACUUGGCUGAAGAAGAAGUCCAUAAAAUCACUUCCUUUCAUUGUGUGCAGCAAGCUCAGACCAGACAUUCAAGGCAUGGAGUGCCCAAUCUGUUUGACAGAUUUCAUGCAUAGGGAAAGAGUGAGGGUGUUGCCCAGUUGCGAGCACAGUUUCCAUAUGGAUUGUGUGGACAAAUGGCUUCUUUCUCACUCCUGUCCCACUUGCAGACAUUGCCUUCUCCACAGAGCAUCUCUUGUCUUGGGCAUACCAAGGGGCAGUACAGAAUACUUUCAUCUUGGGGAACUAAGGGACAUGGAAGCUGGUAUUAAAUAAUAGUCUGAUUGAACUAUUAUUUUUUCUGGAUUUGACUGAGUAGCUAUUUUUAUAUCUAAUUUUUUAAUCAAAAUUUAUGAUCCAUUAUCAUGAGAAGUCAAUAAGGAGCUGCUCGAGGAACAUCUGGACCCUAAUGGACAAAUUUUAUUUAUGUAUGAAUAGUGUUGUUUAUGUAAAAUAGUAAUAUC